AUGGUGAAAUCAUCGACUAGUAAAGAUGCUCAAGAUCUAUUUCGCUCUCUUCGUUCCGCUUAUUGCGCUACUCCCACCAAUCUCAAGAUCAUCGACUUGUAUGUCGUUUUCGCUGUCUUCACCGCUCUGAUUCAGGUGGCUUAUAUGGCUUUGGUGGGAUCGUUUCCGUUUAACUCAUUCCUAUCUGGAGUUCUCUCUUGUAUCGGAACAGCGGUUCUUGCUGUUUGCCUCCGGAUUCAAGUGAACAAAGAAAACAAGGAAUUCAAGGAUUUGGCACCGGAGCGAGCUUUUGCCGAUUUUGUUCUCUGCAACUUGGUUCUUCACUUGGUGAUCAUCAACUUCCUUGGAUAG